AUGAACUUCUCCAAAUACAGCAAAAUUGAAGAAUUCAUUCUUCUGGGGCUAAGCAGCAAGAGGAAUAUACAGAUAGUGUUAUUUGUUGUAUUUUUAACUUGUUAUAUUAUAUCAUUGACCGGUAACAUAACCAUCAUUACUCUCAGUAGAAUAAGCUCCCGGCUUCAGAAUCCUAUGUAUUUCUUUUUGAGUAAUUUGUCAUUUUUGGACAUUUGGUUAACAUCAAGUAUUGUCCCUCAAAUGCUCAUUCAUUUCUUGUCAGUGAGAAAAAGCAUAUCUUUCAAUGGAUGUGUCACUCAGAUGUUCAUUGCUCUUACUUUAGGAGGUACUGAGUGCUACCUUUUGUCAUCAAUGGCCUAUGACCGGUAUGUAGCUAUAUGUGCCCCAUUACAUUACACUAAUAUUAUGCAUCCUGUCUUGUGUAUUAAGAUGGCAAUCUGCUCAUGGAUUGGAGGCCUAGUAAAUUCACUUAUACACACAGUCUUUGCAAUGCAAUUGCCCUAUUGUAAUUCCAAUGUAAUAAAUGACUUUUUCUGUGAGGUCCCUUCAGUGCUGGAGUUGGCCUGUGUGGAUAUAUCUCUUAAUAGGACUGUUCUUUUCUUGUUUACUAUAAUAAUAGUGAUAGGUCCAUUUUUUUUUAUCCUCAUUACAUAUGGUUACAUAAUUUCCAGCAUACUAAAGAUAAGCACAUCUUCAGGACGGAAGAAGGCCUUCUCUACCUGUGCUUCACACAUUACAGUUGUAUCACUGUUUUAUGGCACCAUCAUAUUCAUGUACAUGAGACCAGGAUCAAGCCAUGUAGCCAACAAAGACAAAAGGGCCUCUUUAUUUUACAGUGUUAUAACGCCAAUGCUGAAUCCUUUAAUAUAUACUUUGAGGAACAAGGAUGUAACAGGAGCAUUAAGAGACAUCACAAGAAAAAAGGUGGUGUCCGACAAAUGA